GAAAUUUGACAAUACAAAUAAAAUAUUUACUUUGUACGUCUGAAAUAUUUACUUACUUAUAAUUUUGUGUACAAUUUUUUUCUUCAAAAACAUUUGUAAACAUUGCAAUAUCAACAAUUACUAUCUUUUCAAAAUAUCUGUUAUUAUUUUUAGGUUGGUGAAUUAGGUAGAAAUAAUUUCCUUCUUUUGUGUACGUAUUUGUGUCCUAUUUUUAUUAUUGUUACAUAAAAGACAAAGACCCAUCGAAUCAAGUGAUUAGAUAGAAAAUGACGUCGUGCUUAAUAGUGCGUAUAUUGUGAUUGUGACUAUUGUAUCGCCAAUUUGCCUUCACAGUCAAAAUGGCAGAAUCGGAUUCUUUUUCUUUGCUAAAGGCUUUGGCGGCAAGCCAUUUGUCCAAAACUUGUAUCCAAAAUGACGACGCAGAAUCUAAUAAUGGUUUCCCAAGACGCAUUCCUGUCCCAAGUCUCAAUGGUAUUCAAAAAGGUUCAUCUGACACCAGAUUAUCAUUCACACCAGGAAGACUGCCCGGCUUACCAUUACCCCCAUUCAGUCUCAGUGAAAGUCCCAUCAGAAGCGUCCUUGAAGAACAGUUAAUGAACAGAUUCAAAGCACAAGAACAAAAAAGAAUAGAGGAAGAAGAAAAUGCAAGGUUAGCAGAGUCUAUGAAAAAACUGAAAGUUGAAGAAGAUUUUGAGAUUGAUUUGAGAAUGGCUAUAGAAGACGGUAUUCGUGCGAGGCAACUAGGCCAGAUUCCAGCCAAGCCUGUGGAGGAAGUGUUAAGCAGUAGCAGUUCUUUUGAAUCAUUGUUUGAGCCCAAGUUUAUAAACUGUGAUGAUGAACAAGAAGCCAUGAAGGUCACCCAAGAACCGUUACUUCCGUGUGUUACUGAUAUGUCCUAUAUUCUGAAGCAAAAAGUAAAGAGAGGUAAAUGCUCUGCAUUUGGAAAAGUUUUGACAUCCCGGUUGAAACGGGUUGCUGCACCAUAUCUCAGAGAACAUAUUGAUUCUAAAAUUAAACCGUUUGACUUUAAGACGAAAUCUCCUUGUGACCUCAUAAAGGAAAAGCUGCGGAAACCCACUGUGUCUAGUGUUCAUACCUUUGACAUUACAACUUUUAUCUAAAACUUUUUUAUCUUUUUUUCCCCUUGAUUCUCACACUGACAAGCAAUGGUACAGUCUGAAACAAAAUUAUGUAUGCUAUAAUAAUGCAUGUACACACAGUGACAUCCAUAUCCUUUGCAUGGUAGACAGAGCCAACAGUCUUGAAAAGACUGAUAGGCCAUGCUCAGCUUUUUGGCUUGAUGAUGGAAUUGAGAUUCAAAUAGUGACGUUUGCUAGCCCAUUGCCUAAAAGAAGAAUGCCUAGUUUAUAAACCUAUCCUUUAAUCUCCAUUUACGACAUCCAUGGGAAAGAGGAGUGGUCCUAUUCUUUUUUUUAUUGGUGCCGGGAACCAAUUUUCUUAAAUAAAUCAUAAUGACAGGUGAAGAUAUCAUCACUGAGGUGAUUUAUGUAUGAUUCCAAUCCAAGUAUUUUUUAUUGAAUUUUUAGAAUUGUAUACAUAUUUAUGUUUUUGACUGUACUAGUGAUGUGAACAUAAUUUUUUUUUUCAUUGAGUACUUUUUUUGUUAUCUAUUCUAUUUCAUUUCAUAGAUUACACAUAUCAUUGUAUUGUAGGAAGUUAGCUGAUUGUUUCAUCAUCAGAAUGAUUUUUAUGAGAUUGCACACACAUACUUCUUGCCAAGAUAUCAAGAGUGAGUGCACUCUCAAGUCUCCCACUUGAUAAAAAAAAGCAAGGGUGCCUUUAUUUUUUAUAUCUUUGUAAUUCAUCUGCAUAAAAAUAUAGAAUAUAGACUAUGGGUAUUUUACAGCCUCUGUUGAAUUGGACAAGCAGUUCAGCUGUUAUAUAAAUUGUAUAAUAUUAUUGAAUUGGUAUCUGAAAAAUUUUUAAAUGAUUUUUCUAACAUACUCAUUUACCUGUGAGGAAAAUGUAUGUAUACAUUUUAUACAUAAUAUCAUCAUACGUGAUCUCACAAUUUGACGAGUGAAGUGUACAACAGUAUAAUUAUAGUUUUUGUCCCUUACAUGAAUGUAUUAUAUACGGUGCUAUUUACAAUGCUAUAAUUUAUUUAUUAAUACACUAGCUUUAGUAUGUGUAGGUUUAUAUGUAAACUCAAACUCAAAAUAUUUAUUGCAUAACUGUGUAGACAUGUAGGUAAUGUAUAUUUAUUAAUUGUACUUCUCAUACUUAGUUUUCUGCGUUUGGAAUCAACUAGUGUGCUUUUGUUAGGAUCACACUAUAUGACUAGUGAAGUAUACAUCUUAUCUAUACAUAUAAUAAAACAGUAAAAAUAUUUUGUCUGUACAUUUUGUAUUUUUGACUGAAAUGGAUAGAGGAACACUUAGAAUGAAUAAUAGAAAGCAAAAAAUUUUUUUUAAAUAUCUUGUCUGUCUGUAUGUAUGAUCACGAUUAUCUCCGAAAGUAGGUACUGAACCGAUUUACUACAAACUUUCACCAAUUGCUUUGUUUUAACCCAGAAGAACAUUUAAAGUUUGUUUCAUCAAAAUCGGUUCACUAAAAAAAAGUUAUCGAUAUUUGAAUGAACUCAAAGCAUCAAUUUGCCUAUAAAUAAGUAACGAAAUUUAAAAUUCAAAGUCAUGUAUCAUUGUACGACAGCUAUCUAUAACAUAUAAAUAUAAGUGAAAUUUUUUUUUACGUUUUUAGUCUAUCUGUCUGUAUCUGACUGUAUGAUCAAGAUUCAACUCAAAAUUUACGCGGACGAAGUCGCGGGCAACAGCUAGUACAUAUAUAAAAUUCUCAUGUCACAAUGUUCGUCCCCGUACCCCUCCGAAACGGGUUGACCGGUUCUCAUGAAAUUUUGUGAGCAUAUUGAGUAGGUCUGAGAAUCGGCCAUCAUUUAUUUUUCAUACCCUUUAGUGAUAAGGGUUGUCCACCUUACUUAAUAAUUUAUGUAGCAAAACAACGUUUACCGGGACGGCAUGUAAUCUAUAUAUAUAUGUAUACUUCAAUAGUCAAAUUGUGUGAUUCCAACAAUAGCAUUGCCAAGGAUAGUGGUGUAUUAAUGAAUAAAUAAAUUAUAGCAUUGUAAAUAUCACCGUUUUUACUGUACCAAUCAAUUUCAUAAGACGUGUAUGUAGUUUUAGUUUAUUUAGGUUUAAGAUGGUAUCCUAGUACCCCACUGAAGUUAGAUUAUUAAUAUAGUAAUUAUAUAAAUUAAGGACAUUAAGGUUUCACAAGCUCUGUAAGCUGUAUUCUAUUGAUAAAAAAUGUAUUAUUA